AUGACCACCAUGGAUUUUUGGAGGGAUGGAGGUCCCUGCGCCGACGGUGGCAAGAAAGUCAAGAAAGCCGAACAUGAAGUGGCUCCCUACAGCGAAAGUAUCGCCACUGGUGAGUGCUGGUUCAGCGCGCCGGUGGAGUUCGACGAUGAAACUCCGUCACGUCAUACCUCUCCACCUCCCGUCUUCCAGACGUCUCCAAUCGAGGCUCCCAGCGUCUCGGAGAAGAGGAGCAGCACGGCACGGCGGCUGUGGCGAGGAAGGCUCCUGUCCCAUCCCAACCCAGUUAGCAGCCGUCCAAGGAGGAGGAGAUCCAAUCGGCGUGCGGGCGUCCGCGGUCCAUCCAUCGAUCCAAUUCCAAUCUGCAGGGAAAGGAAUAUUGUAGAACACGUUAACAAAAUUGCUCCAAGGUUCCAGGAGGGAAUCAAGGCCUUCUUAGGCAGCCCAAUUGUUGGGGAGAUACGCGGUCUGGGACUGAUACUUGGAACUGAAUUUGUCGACAACAAAUCUCCAAAUGAUCCAUUUCCAGCUGAAUGGGGUGUUGGUUCGAUAUUUGGCACGGAGUGCGAGAAGCGUGGGAUGCUCAUCAGGGUGGCUGGGGACAACAUCAUGCUGUCACCCCCGCUGAUCAUGACUCCCAAUGAAGUCGAAGAAAUCAUAAGCAAAUUCGGCGAUGCUCUGAAGGCUACAGAGGAACGGAUUGGAGAACUGAAAUCCAGGAAGAAUUAGCCGAUGCUACUGGUUGUAACGACGACAUGCAAUUGAAAAUGACAAUUGAUCUUUUUUAUGGGCGAAGUGUUGAAGAUGGCUUUGGUGAAGGAAAUGUCUUGUUAGCAUCAAGUAAGUGGCGACAUCACAACCCCUACAAGCUUGUGCCUUAAAACAAAAGGAUACAAGAAGUUGGAGUGCUUUUGUGAAAGCUUUUGCGAAUCACUUGAAACGUUAGUACUUUUGUGAAUGAUUUUGUAAAGUGUUUGCAAAUAUGUGCAAAACAUAAUAACAUGUGUAGGUUUUGUGAAUGAUUUUGUUGUGGUGCCUGUUGAUGGUUUAUGUAUGUGGAUCUAUCAUUGUGCAAUACUAAUUAAAUUUGUAUAUCUAUGUGAUUAUGUGUAUAAAAAUUGGUGAUUUGUGA